CAUCUACUGCUCUGCUGGGCUGAGGAAACCUAGUUCUCCAAAAACGAAAUGUGCUGAAAUCCGUGCAGUGGCUACUUACUAUGUCGUACUUGGUACCCAGUCUUACAGACUCGGCAAUGACGCAUAUUGGGUAUUGGGUGAUAAACACAAGGUUAGCUCUCUAGACCAACCGCAAUCAUCGUCAUAUGUCUUGGUGCUUCAUAUCACAAUUGAAAAAGCCAAGCUCAAGAGUUUCGAAGUAUUCAAGAGGCAGGUUUCACCAACGAGUGUGGUUGGUUCAAAAAGUCCCAACGCCAAGCCCAUUAGCUAUAACCGCAUGGUUCCCAUGCCGACCGACUGAAGCUCCCUCCCUAUCUCCUUGCACACCCCACAGAUCCCCGAGAUCCAACCCUCCCCCAACCCAACCUGGCAUGCCGUGUAAUGUCCAAGUAACAGCAUCGAGGCCCAUUUCUUCCAACAAAUGUACAUACUUACGUUAGCCCCUAAUCCAAGCCUACGGUGAUGCCUUUCCAGAACCCCCUUUCCUCACGGAUCCCAAACUC